AUGUUUCGGAGCCGAAAAUGUCAGGCCAUUAGCGAGGCUGAUGUCCGCCGAGAUCAGGGAACUGUAUUUCAAAAUCGCUCGAAUCCCAGCAGCUCUCGUCUUCGCGUUCGGCGUGGAUCGAGUUUGACUGAUUUAGACAAGUUGCGUUGUGGAGGUGGUUCAAGCGGAGGUGGUUCAAUAGGGGAUUUAAUGAACAUAUUCAGUGGUAGUGCUAAUUCUGUAGGCAGUGACACUCUCGUUGCUAGGACUGUACCUUUGGAGACUGUGCGACGUAAUGUACCGCCUGUGUUGACUCCGCCGUCGCGACCGCCGUCUUCUCCGCUCAUACACGUGUCUCGACCCGUAGGUCCGCUUACAAUGGCGCAGAGAACAUUAAGAUUUAGCAGACUCCUCAAAUACCAGCCUUGUUCAGCUGAUGUUUUCAUAACUCUGGUAAGUGUCGCAGAUUACAAUAUAACUCCUGUAGGUUUUCAACCAAAUACAGUCUUACCUGACAUCGAACAAAUUUUAGUGUUCAAAUGCAGGUUUUACCAUACAAUUGCGUAUAGCGUUGCACAUGAAGGUCAGAUAAUAGAUAAUGGCUGUUAA